GCCGACGGUGGGACGGAACCCCGCCCGUCCCCUCCAGCAAGAAAGCUGGUGAGGUCCAAGGAUAACAACACCAGCUGCUUUUCUCCCCACUGCCGAGGAUCAGUUGUCAAGGCUCCCCAUCUUGGAGAGUGGACGCAAGUGCCUGUCUCUCCCCCGCCACCUCAGAGCACUAUAAACCCCAGGCUCCCGGGAGCUAGUAACAGUCGACAGCCUCAAAGUUCCUAGCCACCUGGACCACUGCAGGCGACACCAUUCCCUGCUACUCCACUCUGAGAGCAGACACCAUGAGCCCUCCCUCCACAAAGGUCUCCUGGGUCGCCGUGACGCUGCUGCUGCUGCUACUGUUACCACCUGCGCUGCUGUCGCCCGGGGCAGCGGCGCAGCCCCUGCCCGACUGCUGCCGCCAGAAGACGUGCUCCUGCCGCCUCUAUGAGCUGCUGCACGGCGCGGGCAAUCACGCAGCCGGCAUCCUCACUCUGGGCAAGCGGCGGCCCAGCACCCCAGGCCUACAGGGCCGGCUGCAGCGCCUCCUGCAGGCCAACGGCAACCACGCAGCCGGCAUUCUGACCAUGGGCCGCCGCGCGGGCGCAGAGCCAGCGCCGCGCCCCUGCCCCGGGCGCCGUUGUCCCGCGGGGGCCGUCUCUUCUGUUGCUCCUGGGGGACAGUCUGGGAUCUGAGCCUGUCCCUAGGCUAUGACC